GGAUGUGGUGUGUGUGUACAUGGUGGGUUAGGAUGAAAGAGGGAGGGAGAACAAUUGAUUGUGGAGAAGAGCAAAGACCAAGGAGGAGGUCACAGUGACAUUAUCUUCCUAGGGACUCAGGGAAACCCACCUGCUCUCAUCUGGGCAAGUCUCUUUCCCUGGAAAAAGAAAGGAAAACUCUGAGUCCUGGAGUCCAUUUCUUCAUCAGGACAGGCUUCUUCCAGGCUGGGGAGAUCUUUAGCCCUGCAAGGCAAAAAGAUCAGAACCUCCAAGUAGGGUACCAGGCCAGUGGGAGGACUGAAUUCUCCAGUCUCAUUGGGGCAAGAUAUGAAUAUCAUCAUGAAAUAUAUCCUCUUCUUCAAUCUCCUGUCAGUGGCUGUUUCCCUACCAGCGUUCUACGAUGACAUGAAUGAGAAAAGUCUGCCUUACCUGGUCUACCUGAGAUCCAGCUUCCAACCUUGCAUUGGGACUCUUAUUCACCCACAGUGGGUGGUGACAGCUGCUCAUUGCUACUUACCGUACCUCAAAAUCAUCUGGCAGAAUUAUACCAUCAAUGACCAACAGCCAACUGAGCAAGAGCUACCUUAUGAAAAGGUCAUCAGUCACCCAAACUUCAUUUCCACUUCUUCUGAACAUGACAUCAUGCUCAUCAAGUUGGCCACAUCCAUUCAAUUACCAAAAAACUUCCAAAAUGUAGAAUUGCCUCCUGAAGAUAUCAAUAUGGAUACACAGUGCAUGGUUCCAAUCUGGUCAUGGGAUGAUCAUAAUUUUAAACAAGAUGCUGAUGUUCUACACACCUUGAGAACUGAUCUGAUCCCUAACAGUCAGUGCAUCUAUAGCUAUCCAGGAAAACUCACAAAGGACAUGAUUUGUGUGGGAGUUAUAACAGAAAUGCCAUACAAAUGUCUGGAAGUCUCAGCUUCUCCAGCCAUAUGUGGUAGAUUCUUACAGGGGAUCUUGUCCUGGACUGAUGGGUGUAUCCUAGGAGGGGAUGUUGGCAUCUUCACCAAGGUCCACAGCUAUGUCCCCUGGAUCAAGAAGAUUAUCACUACAGACUGAGUUUCCUUCGAUCCCUUUCUUCAAUCCCUCUGGAAACUCACCCUUUGUCCCUAUGAUGUACACUAUGGGAUAUAGAGCCCCAACUUUGACCUUGUCUCUGGUUACAGGAUAGGGUCCCAAUAGAGAACUCUGGCUCC